AUAGAGAGUAGCAGCAUGGGAUAUCAGUUCUCAUCGGAAUCUCUAUAAUAAACAAGAAAGCCCUACCAUAUUUGUCAAAUUCAACUCCAUAAUUCAUUUACAUUCCAUACCACACCAUUUUCGGUCCGAAAUUCAAAAUUCAAAAAAAAAGAUGUCCGAUAUCAAUUUGACUGCCUAUAACGCCUUUCGCCGCGAUUUGGCCAGGAUAUUAAAGACAUUCAAUUCGUAUACUCAAACCGAUUUCACCGAGGAAACUGGCACCAACACAGACUUCGAUUGCAAAGACGAUUUGGAAACAAAUCUAUCCGAACUUUACGAUCUCGAACUGAAAUAGUAGGUGGAGUUUAUCCGAUUGAGAUGGAGACCAGGGUCAAGGGAACGCAGUCCGAGAUCAGUAUGGAAUCCAGCAGAACAAGGCUGCUGCAACCGCUCAGAUCGCAAUCCCAGGAUAACGAAAUCCGAUUAUUAUCCACAAGAAGCGAUCUGGCGAUGACACCAUGGCCUCUACAAUCGGAAUCUCCAUCUGAAUCGGAUGAAUCCGAAUCCGAAUCAGGUUACACCACAGAGAGUAGCUACCGAACGGUGACUGGAUACGAGCUCCUACCGCAAAGUAGUUCGUAUGCCAGCAGCCAGAAUCCCUACGCGGCUGAGCCAGCGGACUUCCUCUGGGAGAUCUACGUGCCCAUCCAUAGUAGAGCCACUGCGGAGGACAUCCAGACCGUUCACGGGGAGUUGCGGGAGUUGCUGGCCAGCGAGAUGCACUUAAUGGGAGGCGCAAAUGGACCAGUGAUCUAUCUAAUAGCAUACAGCUACAUGUGAUCAUUUCUUAGAUAUUUAAAAUAUAUAAACCACAAUUAAAAUAUUUACUCAAUCCCCAUUGGAGGAUUGGAGCAUAAAGAUA